UGUAGGGACGUCAGAGUAGGAAGUCAGCGCUGGAGCGUGUUGCAGAAGGAGUGUGUAAUCGCUUUUUUAAACAAACACAAAUAAACACUUUUUUUGCGAUAUUCUUUCAUAACAACUAAUGGUACACUGCGUCUCCUCGGUUUCCCGUGUUGUAAACCGUUGUACUGUUUUAAAAUGGAACACAUCACAACGCCCAAGGUUGAACAGGUGAAGCUGUUAGACCGGUUCAGCAAUCGGGCGACAGCUGGAACACUGCACCUCACUGCAACUCAUCUCUUAUUUGUAGAGUCCAAUACUGCUGCUUCUCAAGAAACAUGGAUCCUCCAUCACCACAUUGCGGUGGUAGAAAAACUGUCCUUAACCACGUCUGGGUGCCCCCUGGUGAUCCACUGCCGUAACUUCAGGGUGGUCCACUUCGUGAUCCCGAGAGAGCGAGACUGUCACGACAUCUACAGCUCACUCUUACUGCUGCGCAGACCAGGCUCCUUCGACGAUCUCUAUGCCUUCUCCUAUAACCCAAAGCAGAGCGAGCAGGAGAGGGCUGGCGGCUGGCAGCUCAUUGAUCUGGCCUCGGAGUACGAGCGGAUGGGAGUGCCGUGUGACCACUGGCAGAUGACUGACGUGAACAGGAACUACAAGGUUUGUGACACGUAUCCAAGAGACCUGUUUGUCCCAGUGUCAGCAAGCAAGCCCAUCAUCGUGGGAAGCUCCAAGUUCCGGAGUAAAGGGAGGUUCCCGGUACUAUCGUAUUUCUACCAGGAGAAAAAGGCCGCUGUGUGUCGGUGCAGUCAGCCACUCUCUGGCUUCAGUGCCAGGUGUCUGGAAGAUGAACACAUGCUGCAGGCCAUCAGCAAAGCCAAUCACAACAGCCGCUUCAUGUACGUCAUGGACACAAGACCCAAGCUGAACGCCCUGGCGAACAGAGCUGCUGGGAAGGGCUAUGAAAACGAAGACAACUACUCCAAUAUCAGGUUCCAGUUUGUAGGGAUCGAGAACAUCCACGUCAUGAGGGCCAGCCUCCAGAAGCUUCUCGAAGUAAUUGGUACAAAGUCUCUGUCCAUGACUGACUAUUUCUCUGGGUUGGAGAGCUCGGGGUGGCUGCGUCACAUCAAAGCUAUUCUGGAUGCUGCUAUCAUCUUAGCUAAAGCAGUCACAGUGGAAGGCGCCAGUGUGCUGGUGCACUGUUCUGAUGGCUGGGAUCGCACAGCUCAGGUCUGCUCUUUAGGGGCUCUGCUUAUGGAUCCUUUCUACCGGACCAUCAAGGGUCUCAUGGUUUUGAUAGAAAAAGACUGGAUCUCAUUUGGGCACAAAUUUGCUGACAGGUGUGAUCAGCUGGAUGGGGACCCCAAGGAAGUGUCCCCCGUGUUCACCCAGUUCCUGGAGUGCGUGUGGCAGCUGACGGAGCAGUUUCCACAGGCCUUCCAGUACAACGAGUGGUUCCUCAUCCAGAUCCACGAGCACGUCCACUCCUGCCAGUUCGGGAACUUCCUGGGGAACUGCCAGAGAGAACGGGAAGAGCUCAGGUUGAAAGACAAGACGUACUCCUUGUGGCCGUUCCUUCUGAACGACCAGGAGAACUAUGUGAACCCUGUCUACCAGCCUGGCUUCUCUGAAACACACCCAGUUCUGGAACCCAACACGCUGCCGUUCAAUUUCAAGUUCUGGAGGAAUAUGUACCACCAGUUUGACCGAUCCAUGCACCCCAGGCAGUCUGUGUUGAAGCAGGUCCUGUCUCUAAGAGCUAGCAACAGGGACCUGGAGAAGAAGACCAGAGCAUUGGAGGCUAAGCUGCAGAAACAAGGAGUCUUCCUGUCACAUGCAGCCCGGCCCAAGUCGCUGAUCCUUUCUGCCCCUCUGAAUUACAAGGAGGAUGAGCAGAAGCUGUCUGUCUGUGACCGUGUUAGGACUGUGGAGGGCAGCAGCAGUGCUGAAAAUGGAUACAAUGAAGAGGAAGAGGAGCCAGCAUCCUUCACAAAGCCAGAGCCCACUCUGGUCAGCCUGGAGCGCGGCGUGGCGAGAAUGACCUGCUAGCCUGGACUGAAAAUGUCCAAUAAAUAAAACCGAAUGUCUCCACGUUCUCUAAACUGCCACUGUGUGCAUGCUACCCCACAACGGUGUGCUAGCGAAGGGUGAUAACUAUGUGCAUGGCUUUCAGAAGGGCUUUGCAGAAAGAGGGGGUACAGUAAUAUUCACUAAUGGCAUGUUUUGUGGAUCGACCACUGUUUCUCUUAUUUGCUUAAUCAAAAUUAAAAAUUCGAAUUGAUAAGCUAGACUUAAAAUAAAUAAUAAUACUUCUCCAUUGUGGAAGUUCUUGUCGGAGGGUACUGUAUAUAUAAUUGUAUGGUAUUAAAAACUAUUUUCUUUUAUAU